UGUGAGUUUCUGUCACAAACUCUAGUCAACUCUGCUAAGUCUCUGAUAUCAUUGCUCUCGCUGCCGUGUCCGCCAUCGAAAUGUGCGGUGGUCCUAUAAUUGCUUAUCGUGGUGGCAGAAUAGAUGCUACAGAACCGAAUGCCCCAGGAGUCCCUCAUCCUCAAGAAGAACUCAGUUCGCAUAUCGCUAGCGUUUGCUCCUCAAGGUUUCAAUCAAGAAGACAUGCUUGGCCUCAUCGCGUGCGGGCAUAGUUUCGGUAGCGUCCAAAACACGGCGUUCCCGGACAUUAUUCCUCCUAGUACAGAUCCUCAUGAUACUUCUGGAAAUGUGCACUUCGAUUCGACUUUUGAUCACUUCGAUAACAAGAUUGUGACUGAAUAUUUGAGCGGGACGACUGGGAACCUUUUAUCUGACCACAAUGUUACCAUAAACAAGUUUGCUGAUCCAGACGUAGUCGCUUCCACUUGCGCGAGUCUAUUCGCACGAAUGAUCGACACCGUGCACAAAGGUGUACAGUUGACCGAAGUCCUCGAGCCUCUACCAGUAAAGCCACAUCAAGUUACGUUGACUUUACUGGACGAUGGAACCAUUUUGCUCCAGGGGGAUGUCCGCCUGUGGGAUAAGCAAGAUGAUCCUGACAGAUCUGUCACCUUGCGUUGGGCCGAUCGGGACGACAACAAUGAUCCCAAUUACAGUGCUGAGCUGGGACAUACAGAUAGCCACGUAGGACAAUUUGUUCCAGGACCAAUCAGGACCAUUUGGUAUACUUUCAAUCGUACGGCAGCUGUUUUCAUCUUUCUCGAUCAAGCCAAAGGAAUAUCGAACUUCUGGUUCGAAAUACUGUACUUUUACGACCGUAGCGGACGUCACAUGUCACAGAGGCCGAAAUGUCCGCUAUUUACUGCCUCUGUCACAGCUCACAAAGGGUUCAUCCACUGUGUGAUAGGCUUUUAGAAAAUGCACAAAUUUCAUAUUUUUCUCUGCCUGCGGCACAAAAUGGUGUAGAAUGGUCUAAAUAAAUGGUGUAGGUACAAAAAGCUGCUGUCAAUCAUUGAAGUAGGGGAGUCAGCCUUUUUUGUCGCAAGAAAAUCUUCAGAUGCCA